UUUCAAUUCAUUUUAAAAUUUAAAGUAAUAAUCCAACAAAAUUCGCUGUUAAAUUGAGUGUACUGAAUAGUUUCUGAACUUUGAAUCAUAUUAAUCAAUUCACGAUGGGACUGGAAGUACUUGCCGUCAGAUUUCUUGAAAUAACAUCACUGUCGUUGAUUUUGGUUCUGUUUUCCUUGUUGGGCACAGCUCUAAUUGUAUUUAAAUAUAUCUUUAUAAUCACAAGCUUUUUAUUGCAACCUGCACUUGGAAUAUUCAUAUUUUUUAUCGAAAAGGGAUUGGCGACUACAUCAUGGUGCUUAACACAAAUAGCUUUUGGAAUUAUUGAUUAUUUGAGUGUUAUUUGCUUUGGAACUUAAUAAAAGUUUUUCAAAUAAAUAAUUUAAGUUGUUCCUUGUUUCCUUAGGGGCUGUUCACUUAUUACGUAACGCGAAAAAAUGAAUUCUUAGACCCCCCCCCCUCGUAACAAAAUUUGUAUGAAAAAAAAUUUCCUUGUUUGAAUCGUAACAAAAUCUUAGACCCCCCCUCCCCCUAAAAGCGU